AAUCCCCGGAUUUCUACUGACAUUCACAGAUCUGUGCCAGACUUUUCGAUGAAAUCAGAUCAAAGAAGAUUCUUCUUCUUCUUCUUCCUCUACAAUUUUUGAUAAUCACGUUGCGCAAUAUCUUUCAUCGUCAUCUUCUUCCCCCAUUCCUUUUUAGCUUUCCUGUUGUUUCUGUGUGUUUGGCUGUAACAGUAAUGGCGAAUUUCUGAAAGAACUGAAAAAAGGGGGGGAAAAAGAAAAAGAACAUGGGUGCUAGACUUUCCGGGCCAGUUUCUCCACUGAAUCUUCUCUGAUGGCGUGAAUUUUGAGGUACUUGUUUGGUGCCAUGUUACGUUAAGAGGUUGCUCAAGUUUUACACCUCAAGCAAUCACCAAACCGGAAAUUCGAAUCUCGGGAAAUUCCGCUUGAAGAUUUUCUAGUUAGUGGCCGAUUUGGUCGGGGAGUAGAUUCUAAGGGAGAUCAGAAAUCGCCCACCAGAAACGGCUUAUGUUCGAAAUAAACUGAGAUGGGAGUCUGAAUUUUAGGUGGUCGAAGAUGGAUCGGAGGAGUUGGCUAUGGCGAAGAAAGUCGUCGGAGAAAAGCCCCGGCGAAACAGAGAGUUCGGGUUCCAUUUCUUCCCAUUCCGAGAGAUUUUCAGAUGAUCAGAGAUCACAAUCACCAGACUUAACCUCUAAAGCUGCAACAAUGGAGGAGGAUGUCACAGCCGACAUCAAGACCCUGUCUGAGAAACUCUCCUCUGCUCUUCUGAAUGUCAGUCUCAAAGAGGAGCUUGUCAAGCAGCAUGCCAGGGUGGCCGAGGAAGCUGUCUCGGGCUGGGAAAAGGCGGAAAAGGAAGUUUCCGCUCUAAAGCAACAACUUGAAGCUUCUGUGAGUAAGAAUUCAGCUCUCGAGGAUCGGGUUGGCCAUCUCGAUUGUGCACUGAAAGAAUGUGUCAGGCAACUCCGGCAAGGAAGAGAGGAUCAAGAUCAGAAGAUCCAAGAAGCUGUCAACAAGAGAUGCCAAGAGUUGGAAAUUAGGAAGUCUGAGCUCGAGACCCAAGUCGAGGAGCUCAGAGCCAAGGAGGGGGCUGCUGCAUCAGUUUACAACGACCUUCACCCGAAACUCGAGCUUUUAGAGAGAGAAAACUCAACUUUGAAGCUUCAACUUGUUUCGAAAUCCGAGGAGCUGGAGAUUAGAACCAUAGAGAGGGACUUGAGCACUCAAGCAGCUGAAUCUGCUAGUAAACAACAGUUGGAGGGCAUAAAAAAGUUGACUAAGCUUGAAGCAGAGUGCAGGAAAUUGAAAGCCAUGGCAAGGAAAUCGUCGAAUUACCAUGAUCGGAAAUCUCAACUAGAUAACCAAUUCGAUGACAGCGAGAAAUUGUCUUCGACUGAAAAUGAUACGAGCAAGACACGUUGUGACACCGAGCUCAGCACCUCUGAGAAGGUUAUCAGAAAAACCCUGAAUUCUCCUAAGGUAGAAAUCAAUCUCAUGGAUGAUUUUCUUGAAAUGGAAAAGCUUGCGGCUCUUCCGGAUCCUGAACUGGGAAACAGGCAUUCAGAAUCUGGCAAGGCAUCAGAGAAGCCCAAUGCUCAAUUAAAGCAUGAACUCGAAACCUCACUUUGUAGGAUCUCUGAGCUUGAGGAGAAGGUAGAGAUGGUAGAGGUGGAAAAGCUGCAGCUGGAAAUGGCUCUGGAUGAAUCCCGAACUCAGAUCGAGGCAUUGCAAAGUCAAUUAAGGGAUACAGAGGGGAAGCUAUCCGAGUUGAGGAAAAUGAGCACUCGGAAUCAGGAACUAGAGAUGUCUCUGGCGGAAUCAGAAAAGCAACUCGAGGAUCUGCAAAAUCAGCUAAACAAAGCGCAAGUGAAUUCUUCGGAUCUAGAGACAACAAAAGCAGAAAAGCUGGAACUGGCCAUCUGUUUAAAUGGGACCAAGAAGCAGCUUGAGGCAUCUCAAAAUCGGCUUAGGGACACAGAGAAAAAAAUAACAGAUCUUCAAACUCUGCUCCGUCUAGCAAAUGAUGCAAAAGAAGCGGCCGAGGAGAAUGAAAAAGCUGCAAACUUCAAGAUGGAAACGGCAGAGACAAGGCUCAGAGACGUUGAAGCAGAGGCCAAAGCCUUAACCCUGAAAAUUUCUUCUUUGGAAGAUAGUGUGGAAAUGGAACGUGUCUUAUCGUCCAAACAUUUGGCACAGUGCCAAGAACUGAAGGACGAGAUCUCGAAACUAAAGCACGAAGUUUUGCAAGACGGGGAAGAUGAACUCUACGAUGUGAAAGGGUUUGAUGAUGAUUUCAAGCUGAAGCAGGAUAAGGAACUAGCAGCGGCAGCUGCCAAAUUCGCAGAGUGCCAGAAAACAAUAGCUUCCCUGGGCGAGCGGUUGAAAUCUCUCGCUACGCUCGAAGAUUUCUUGCUUGAAUCUGAGGACCCAUCAACUCAAAAGAACCUGGAUGAUGGUCAGUUGAAUCUAACUAAUACAACGAAUUCCGAAUCCUCUAAUAGAAGUAGAGAGUACAUAAACGAUUCUCCGAGAAACCGAAGCCAUGAGGAGGUUUCCCUUCCCUCGGCCCAAUUCGAUUCAUCCUCAAGAAGCCGAAACGGACUCGAGAGGUUUCUGAACAGAGGCAAGAGUGUAAGGAGGAUGUAACUUUUUUUUCUCUCUUUUAAAUUAUCUGAUUUCACCUCUGUUAAUAUCAAGCACAUGCUACAGAGCUAUAUGCAAAUACAUGAAUAUAUAUAAAGCAAGACUACAGUGAAAAAUCGAAAAAUAAUACCCUUUUCAUCUCA